AAGAAGAAGAUGGAUUCAGUACGACUCCUUGCUUCACUCCUCUUUGGUUUUACUUUUAUUGUAGCUGUCAAUUCAGAAUGUGUAUUCAAUACUUGUCCAUCGAUAGCAUUUGGUAUGUUUGCUCAUUGUGGAGACUGUUCCAAGUUUGUGAUGUGUAUCGGUAAGCGGCUUGUACCGAUUGAUUGUCCAGCUGGAUUGGUUUUCGAUUCUUCAAUAAAUGUGUGUAAUUAUCAAAGCCAAGCAAAUUGCAUACCUACGUCAGCUACCAGCCCUACGUCAGCUACCAGCCCUACGUCAGCUACAAGUGCUACGUCAGCUACCAGUGCUACGUCAGCUACAAGUGCUACGUCAGCUACCAGUGCUACGUCAGCUACAAGUGCUACGUCAGCUACCAGUGCAACAUCAGCUACCAGUGCAACGUCAGCUACCAGUGCUACGUCAGCUACCAGUGCUACGUCAGCUACCAGUGCAACGUCACCAUCCCCAUGCAUCAACUCGUGUGUACAGAGAGCGGACGGUGACUAUCAAUCCUGUAAUAGCUGUACAACAUACGUCACUUGUGUAGGUCAAACUAUGAUCUCAAACAGACCGUGUCCUCCCGGAACCUUCUGGGAUGACAAUUCUAAACAAUGCUCUAUGACAACCACAACUUGUAAGUAAAAUUGAAGGUUAAAAUGGAGGGUAAAAUUAAAAAGUAGUAUUUAUUAUGAAUUAAAAAACUAUUGUAAAGUAGUUAAGGUACUAAAAUGCAUUGAUAUAUUUUGUAAAUAAAAUUAUACUUCUUAUUACACAAUGUUUUCUUUUCUGAAUUGAAAUAAAAUAUUAAUAACCAUA